AAGAGGGAGCGGCCCGGCGCUGAGGUGCGGCGGAGGCUGGUCCGCGCCUCGGCCAUGUCGCUGCUGUGCGUGCGUGUCAAAAGAGCCAAAUUCCAGGGUUCACCAGAUAAAUUUAACACAUACGUGACCCUGAAAGUCCAGAAUGUGAAGAGCACAACGGUAGCAGUUCGUGGUGAUCAGCCUUCCUGGGAACAAGAUUUCAUGUUUGAGAUCAGUCGUCUGGACCUGGGCCUAAGUGUGGAGGUGUGGAACAAAGGACUGAUAUGGGACACAAUGGUGGGGACCGUGUGGAUUGCACUGAAGUCUAUUCGUCAGUCGGAUGAGGAAGGACCUGGGGAGUGGUCUACACUGGAGGCAGAGACAUUAAUGAAAGAUGAUGAGAUCUGUGGAACUAAAAACCCAACUCCUCAUAAAAUUUUGCUUGAUACAAGAUUUGAAUUGCCUUUUGACAUCCCAGAGGAGGAAGCCAGAUACUGGACCUACAAAUUGGAGCAAAUCAAUGCCUUGGCAGAUGAUAAUGAGUAUUCUAGUCAAGAAGAAAGCCAGAGGAAGCCGUUGCCCACUGCUGCCGCCCAGUGUUCCUUUGAGGACCCUGAUAGUGCUGUUGAUGACCGAGACAGUGACUAUCGCAGUGAGACCAGCAAUAGCAUCCCACCUCCUUACCAUACAACUACCCAGCCCAAUGCUUCUGUGCACCAGUUCCCUGUGCCAGUGCGAUUGCCACAACAGCUGUUUCUUCAAGGCAGUUCCCGGGACUCUUGCAAUGAUUCUAUGCAGAGUUAUGACUUUGAUUAUCCAGAGCGUCGGGCCCUCAGAUAUCCUCACAAAUAUAACACAAUAGAUAGGCGGAGAAAAAAAUUCUUAUACAGUAAUUCUGAAGAUAAUGAAAGAUGGCAUUAUAAUACCAAGAUUAAUUACAGAUGUGCAUAUCCUGAUACUGAGAAUUCUGGCCAUUGUCGUGUUGAAAAGAAGAAACUAAACUAUCCAGUUUUGUGCCCUUACAAAAAUGAAUUUGUGAAAAGCAGCACCUGGAACACAAACUUGGAAAGCCAUGAUUGUGGUCUGCCCUUUUGCUUAAGGAACCAUGGAAACUCAUCUGGCUCUAACAACUCUGUCACUGAUUUUACUCCAUUAGAUAUUCUUGAAGAUUCUACCAGCAGUACUUCUGAAGAACUUCUAGAUUCCCCCAUUUCUGAUGAGCAGGAAACUAUGUCACCAACAUGGCAUCCAUCCAAUGUCCACCAUAUGAGAGACUUUUCUGAAGAAUAUUAUGUGGCACAUUCAGCAUUGCCAUUACAAACAUUGAACUCUGAUGCAAAUGUCGUUGGAGAUUUGUCCAAAUGCUCCAUGGAAGAUAUGGCCCCUUCCUCUAUUGAGGGACCCAAAGAGAAUUACAUUGACACGAUGGACCAGCUUCAGUGUUUGGUAGAAACAGUGUCAGAAUAUUUAGCAGAGAAGGAAGAAGAGAUUAAUAGAUUUGGUUCCCUUCCCAAAACUAGAAAACUACAUGAACACAACAUUGCUGUUGAUAAUGCAGAACGGAAAACACCUGAGAAUCAAACACCACCUUUAGCUGUGACCCAGAAUGCCAAGGCCAAGGCUGUAGUAGCUUUCCCUGAGCUGAAUGGAGUAAAAUGUGCUGUUGGUUCUUUAUUCAGUUCACUAACAGAAAAGGUAGGUUCAGGCACAAAGCAUCUUACAACCUCUGUGGAAAAACUGGUUCAUUUAGUUCCAGAGAAAACAGAAACUCUUAAUCAGAUAGAGGCAGUUAAUUUGGGAACCAGCCUACAUGCCAACUCAGUAUUCGAGACGCAUCUUUCUGCGCAGUCUUUAUUAUCCCCCCAAACAAUGGAUGAUAAGGAUGCUGACAGACACUGCAAACCCUCUGAGAAUGAGCACCUGGGUGAGAGGACUAAAGGAGUAAGCUUCCAGGACAGCACAGAAACUGUGAGGACGGACUCAGCUCCACAGAGUCAGAGUUCAGUUAUGAAGUCUGUUUUCAGCAUGCUGAAUCCGUUAAAGAUAUUUUCUGAGAAAGAGGAAACCAAAAAUGCAGGCCAUAGCAAAGCACUGAGUAGGGAAAACUUUGUUGGGUGUGGUUCAGAGUCAAAUCAAAAGGAGGGCAACCAGAGUAGUAGUCUUGUUGCUGUAAGUACAAGUAAAAGAGAAACUACAGAUCUCCAAACACAAGUGAGGGAAGAUUUGCUGUCCUUACAAGUGGUCCACGAAUCUUCAAACAUAGCUAGUAGUACAAGUGAGAAAGGUGAUAUUGGGAAUCAACUGGAAGGAAAACCUUCUGUAGAUCUUCCUCUGUUACAAGACCAACCAAAACUAAGUGCCAGCGAUACUUGGGAACAUCUUGGUGUAUCUGGUCGUACCCUUGCAAAUCAAGAGCUUGCUGCAAAGCCGUUAGAGGAAGACAAAGUUACCAGUGAUGAUGAUUUCCUUGAGCCACUCAGAAGAUCAUUUAGUCAGUUUCUGUUUACUUCUCCUGAGACCUGUCAAAAGGAAACUUUGUCAGAAUCUGUAAAAAUCCUUAAGCCGGAGGAAGAUGGACAGAAAAAGGGUGCUAAGAAAGAUGGACAUUCAUUUUCAUUUAGCGGAAGACUGCGUAUUCCAUUUUUCAGUGUCCUUAGCCAUUCUGAAAAGCAUCAAGACGUAAAAGAGAAAGAAAGCGUUUUUCCCUUAUUUAAAUUUCCUCUUACUGACAAUCAUGACACUGCUAAUAACCAGAGUUUUCAGAGCUCAGUAGCAACCACUGGUAAAGAGAUCCUACAAAAUAGCCACAUGGACACCAGACUUAGUUCAGUAAAAUUUAGUCCAUUUCUAGAUAUUCAUAAUGAUCUAGAAAAAUUGGGUAGUACUGAGGAAUUCAAUAAGGAUGACCAAAUAAAUUGUCCUGAAGAUGUUGAACUUAAUUCAUUAAAAUCUAAUUCAUUUUCAAAUGUUCAUAAUGACCCAGAGAAAUUUAACAGCAUAGAGGAAUUUAAUAAGAGUGACCAGAUACAUUGUUCUGAAGAUGAAAAACAUCAUAUAAUGAGGUCUGACUCACCCUCUAAUAUUAAUAGUGAUUUUGGGAAAUUUAGGAGUUUAGAGGAAUUGAACCCAAGUAGCCAUGUGGCAGUAGAGCACCAUGAAAGAGCUGACCCUGAAGUUGUGCCUAAAGAACACAUAACUUUAGAGCUCUCAGAAGAAUUUGAGAAUCUUGCACAAAUGGCAUUUCCCUUGAUGCCAGACUCUUCACUGGAGCUUACUUCUGCCGUUUCAAAAUCCACAUUAGUUAAUGACAUUAAUGACGACAAAGUCGAAGAUAAAACUUCUAAAAAGGAAACCCAAAGAGGCUUCCUUUCUGGCCUUUUAAACAGGUUUACUUUUCUAGAAAACAUGCCUAGUCAACAGGAAUUCAAUCUGAAAAAUGACUGUUCCCAUCACAAGAAUAGUGCCUCAAGCCCAUUACUCUCUGGAAUAUUUAAUUUGAUAUCAAACAGCAGUGCAAACGAUUAUAAUCCAAAUGAAGUAAAGCUCAAGUCUUUAGAUGAGACAAAAAAUUUGGAUGGAAGUAAGCACUUAUCCACAGAUGAAGUCCCUGUUGAUUCAUGUAUGACUUCUGAGAACCAGAGGAGCCAGGUUGAAAACAAUGAAACUUCUAGCUUCAUAAAAAGUUCUUUAUCAUUAUUGAAAGAAAUCAUCCCAUCAUCUGAUGGUUGGGUUGAUAAUCAUCUGUGCCCUCCUACAUGGAAAAACCAGGAUAAUGAAAAACAUCACUCUUCUUCUGAGAACAUACUCCAUUGUACUGAACAGGGUCUCUUAGAGAAAUCUUUGGCUAACAGGCCAACACCAAAUCAUAUUGUUGAAGUAAAAGUUCAUGAAAGGUCAAACAAGUUAAGUUCACCAGUACUAAAUACUAACGUUUUAAAUAAGUCAAACCAUUAUCAAGGUUUUGAUGAGGACUGUUUUCAGUGGGAUCCUGAUAUAAAAGACUUCUCCAAAAACUCCAGAGAACUUCAACCAGUUUAUCAUUUGUUGAAUCAAAAUAUGUUUCCAUCAGCAGAUGCUUUCUUGUGGCCUGACUCAGAAAAUCCAGUAAUAAAUUUGUGCCAAAAAGAUCAAAAUGCAAAUAUCUUUGAGUGGGGCACAAAUCCAAACAGUGUCAUUUCAUGUGACUUACCAUAUGAAUCAUCGGACCAGUUAGCAUUUAAUGAAGGUUACUUAUUAAGAGGUGAUAUGUGGGCAGCUAACUCAUUAUAUGGAAACUCUGGUUAUCUUCCAACUAAUGAGACCAAGAAUUCACUAGAAGAAUUGCCCAUUGAUUUAAGUUACUCUUCAGAUUAUGAGAAAAUUAUGUACUCUCUACUGGAGCAAGAAUCAUUAAGAAUGGAUGAAAACUAUAUCUUUUCAAGUUUUGGUUAUGAGUAUCAGGAGUGGUUAUCAUGUCUUGAAAAUGGAGUUUGGUGUCCCUCAGAGGAUGGGAAUUAUGGAUAUUAUAUGUUUCAUGAUGGUCAGUACAUAUACUCUCUCCUCACUGAUUCUACUGGGCAGUAUGUAUAUUUAUUUAUACCUGAUUAUUAUUAUCAUGAAUAUUUGAAUUAUAAUUUAGAAACAGAUGAUCUUCCAAGUAUUGUGUUAGAUGACAGCAUUAUUUCUGCCUAUAGUUUUAAAGUUCUUGACAAGGAAGAUGAUAUAGUAUGGUAUGUUGAAGAAGAAGAACCAUUUGAAGAUCCACUUGAUUUAUCUGUAACUUUGCCAAGAAGUGAGAGGUCAUUGUAUGUAAAUCUAGAAACCUUUUCUCAAGUACUUGAAUCAAGUUUUGACCAAAGGGAUAAACCAUUAGAUUUUUCAGGCUAUAAUUCUCAAAAAUUUAAAAGAGAUUUUAGAUCUUUCAUAGAGAGAUCCCAUGGUUUGGAAGACUUUGAGUGUAUAUUAGAUCUCAGAAACAAACCUGGAACUAUGAGCAAUCAUGUCAUAAAUAGAGGCCAAAUUAGAGAGAGAGAGAUGAACUGGCCUUUAGUUAAAAAGUCAUCAGCUCAUCUUUCCAGGUUCCAUUUGCUUCAGCCAUCUUCUGAAGAAACUUCCUCUUUAAUCCAUCCUGAAAGUAUUACUAAGAGUUCACAAAAAGAAGAAACAUCAUCAGCGAACAAACUGACACCUGUAUUUUCUGUUUUGGGUGCCUUAAUUAGAAGUACUUUGAAUUUUGACAAGAGUGAAUCUGUAGAAGCUUUGGUUAUACAGAAAAUAGAUCAGCAGUCAGAGUUAGCUGAGCCUGUAUGUGAUGGUCCUCAGCCAUUAAUCUUGAGUAAGCAAUUAUCGUGUAACUCCCCAAAGGAGGAAGAAAGUCAUCCUGAGGGUUUGGAGAAGCUGAUAGUACCCAGUGUUAAGCAACCAGAGUUUACUGACAACGUAAGGCAAGAAUUCCCUUUCCGUAAAAAUGAUCAUACGGAAAAAGAAAGUUUAUUAAAGUCAGAUUUUCAAGUAAGCCGAACAACUCUUAAAGAUAAAACAGUUGUAGAUGAUGUUAAAAUUAUCACAGCAAAGUCUAUUUCAGAUCCUCUUGCACCACAGCUUAGUAGGGAUGAACAUAAGACUUGUGAACUGCAGGACCAGUCUUCCAAAGAGUCUGAGAGAACUUUGCUGAAGAGUGCAUUGAAACUCUUUCGUUGGGAAGAACCAUCUUCAGGAAGUACAGUGACAAAUGAAAAACAGGCACCUGGAAUUUUGAACCUUUUUAAAACCCAAGUGAAUAAGGAAGAAUCGUCAAACUUGGAAAAGAAUGGUGAUAAAGGUGGAAAGAUUUCAUCUCAGGAAAAGAAAGAAUCUUCUGGCGUUUCAAAUUUUUUUGGUACCCUUGGGGAUUUCUUUAAAACCAAUGUUUCUCCCAUACAGACAACUGAAAAUCGGCCUGUCUCUUCAGUGACUGAUGAGCACAAUGACAGGUCAAGUCCUAAUCCAGUGCGUCUAUUGCAUCAGGAUACUGGAAAUUCUCUUCCUAUAUCAGUUUCCUCAAAGAAGAAGGUUAGGAUUAGAAGUCUGAACAAACAGACUACUAUUGAUGACAGUGGGCUAAGUGAGUCAUCAACCAGGGAGAUGCAGAGCAAUGGUCUGAAUGAAGAAGAGGUACCUUUGAGAGAACAUCCGGUGCAGCAGUCAGCAAGUCCAUCUAUCUCAACAGGUAGUCCUGUAGAGUCUCCCAGAGGCUAUUCAAAAGGAUCUGGGGCCAUAUCUGUAGGAACAGAAGUUCCGAGGAAUAAUAAAAAGUCUUUUGAUGCUCUGAGCAGAAGAAAUACAAACGAACAGGAUUGUUUAUCUAACAAAGAAUUGAAAUUUUCAGCUGCUACAUCUCCAUCCCAACAAGAGCUUCCAACCAGGAAGACUAUAUUUUCUUUCUUAACUGGAUCUGAAAAGUCUGAAAACAAAGCCCCUGCAGCUCUCCCAAGGGCCAAAUCUCAAGCAGAAGGGCUAUUCACACUUCCUUCCUUUUUCUCCACCGCUAACUUAAGCAUCAAGAAGGAUAUCCCUCGAAACAGCUCUGCUUUCAGUUUAUUUAACUUGUCAUUUUUGGAUGAGAAGCAGCAGACCUCUGAGGAGAAGCAAAGCCUUUCAGCUGUUGCUCCAGUGACUGCCCAGCCCUGUAAGCAGCCAGUUGUUUCUGUGGACAUUGGAGAUACAAUGAAGGGAGGUUGUAAUGGUCAUAAAGAAAGCAUAGGCCAGAAAGUAGCUCAUGAAGAGCAAAUGGGUCCUGGUUUAUCCAUUGACAGCACCACUGAGCUUACUACCUCCCUUGCAGAUGAGCGUGUAGAGAAAACACAGGAAAAAGUGGGUUCCAGUCAGGAAGGAGCAGAAAGAGCUACUGCUUCUGAUUUUCAAGGGAAUCAGUUGCCAGACAACAUUGUUCCUCCUUUACCAGAAUCUCAGGAACAAGUCCCGGGGGUAGCUCCUCAUGAAGAAGAGGCUUCCCACCAGGAAACUUUCCCCAAGGACUUAGAGGCAAAGCCUUUUCCCCAUGAUAAUGGUUUGAUUGAAAAACUCAAUGAUUUAGAUGUUUGUACUGAACACCAAAAUGACAGAUUUACCAAUGACCCAUUGAACUUGCCACUGGGAAAUGCCUCUGACAGUUUCUCAACACAAACCCUGGAUUCACCCUCUACUUCUCUAGAGUCAGGGCAUGCAGGGCUCCUCCAGAACCCAGAUACAGAUAAAUUAGAAGACAGAUCUACAGUAUUGGGCUCCAAAGUAGAAAUGCUUUCAGGGUUUGUGACCAAAGUAAAAUCUUUUUCUGGGUGCUUAAUUGAACAGCCCAAGACUUUUUCUGGACUUUUUUCUACUCCUAAAUCUGCAAAGAAAAAUUCCUUUUUUUCUUUUUCCUCCAAUGCACCAUCUCAGCCCCUCAAAAGUGAGUUGUUUGGAAUUUUUAGAAGUCCCAAACCAGAGACACGUAAACAAGAACCAUCUGUACCUACUUCAUGCCUUCAAAGUGGUUCUCCCAGAGACACUGUAGGAUCAGUACCUCCAGAAAGCUUGCAUAGACAAGCUGCCUCUACAGGACUGAAUUCAGAAUCUGUACUCAGCAGCUGUAGCAUGACUGUGGUUGGUGCAAAGACAGAAUCAGAUACCUUGACAGAUAACUCUAAACUAACACCUGAAAUGGAGAAAAAUAACAUUUCUGAAAAUAUUUCAGAACCCCCAAGUUUUGAAGCACUUGCUACAUCUUCUGUCUCAGAGGAUGAUAUGGGGCAAGGAAUGUUAUCUUUGAGUGAUGAAGGAGACAUGGGGAUGUUGCAGGGCACAGACACAGAGGCAUCAUUAGAAGCAGAGCAUAGUCUUCCUUCAACACAGCUACAGCCAGAUCCUGCCUGUAUUGCUGAAGAGAUUCCCCCUUCAAGCCAGCCACCUCUUGGACCAGAACCAGAACCAGAGCCAGAGCCAGAGCCAGAGAUCCAGACGACUGGCACAAACCAAGAGUUCUUGGGGCUUGCAAGCACUUCUCUAGAAACUUCACUGUUUGAUGAGGCAGGAGUCAGUGGGAAUACCACACUGGAAACACAAGAGGAUCUUUCUUGUCCUUUGCAAGAGGAAUCUGUGCUUUGUGCCAAAGAAUGUUCUGAUAUACUUCAUGCCCAAAAAGAUCCACCUGAAGCCCCACAGGAAACAGAGCAGGCAAGGCCUCAUUUUGAGAUCUCAAACAUGGCCAGUUGGCCAAAGUUUCACUUGCCAUCCACUCCUUCUGACCAUGGGAAGACACUGAGUUCCAUUUUUAAUCCCUCUUGCUCAUCUGGCAUGGCAGCAGAAACUGGGUUAAUGUCAGGUUUUAAGAAGUUGUCCAGUCUGUUUGAAGGAGCAAGUGAGGGGAAAGGGGGUAUUCUGGGAAAUGAUUCAAAACUAGUGUUUGGAAAGAAACUGGAUCUUUCUUUUCCAUGGUCAAAAGAAAAUAAAGGAGACUCUGAGAAAAUGCCUACAGACUCUUCUCCUCCAGUUUUGGUUGUUAGCAGGGAUCAAGACCUUAUCCUCAGCAAGGCAAACAAAGUUUUGGAGUCUUCUCAAAUGCCUAGUGCUAGUCCUGAGUCAGCUGACAUCUAUACUCAGCCCUCUGAGACCACUGAACAAUUGGAGGCCAAGCCAAGUGACUAUGCUCAUGGGCUUUCAAGAUCUGGUGAAGUGGAAAGGCAGCUGGAAAUUCCAGCAUCUGGAGAACACUGGGGUGCAAACAGCAAUCUGUCUGGAUCUGCAUGUCCUUCAGAGAAACACAAGGAAGAGCACUGCAAUAUCUCUGGGCUACUUCAGACAGAAAAGCAAGAAGAGGAGAUGUCUGCUAACACUGGUUCUGUUUUGAAUGUGGGGCAGCUAGUCAUUCUGGAGGAUGUCAAGGACCCAGUGACCAACAAAAGCCCUACCAGCAGUAGUAGGUAUGGCUCCUCCUGUAAUGUGAGUCAAGGAAGCUCUCUGCUGAGUGAACUAGACCAGUAUCAUGAGCAAGAUGAUGAUCGUCGGGAGAGGGACUCCAUUCAUUCUAGCCAUAGCUAUGGCAGCCUCUCCAAAGAUGGCCAGGUUGUUUUGGGAGAACAAGAGAAAGCCUUGGACGUGACAUAUGAAUUGGAAAAGGAGAAAACAAAUGAAUCCAAGGAUGUGAGAAAAGAUGCCACAACCCACCCUCCUCCAGAUCUGGUGCUACACAAGGAUCACGUCCUAGGACCCCAGGAGAGUCUUCCCGAGGAGAAUGCAUCUUCACCAUUUACCCAAGCCAGAGCACACUGGAUCCGAGCAGUUACCAAGGUCCGACUCCAGCUGCAGGAGAUUUCAGAUGAUGGUGACUCCUCUUUGCCUCAGUGGCUCCCAGAAGGGCCAGCUGGAGGGCUCUAUGGCAUUGACAGCAUGCCAGAUCUACGACGAAAGAAGCCACUGCCCCUUGUCAGUGAUCUGUCACUGGUUCAGUCACGGAAAGCGGGGAUUACUUCUGCAAUGGCUACACGGACCUCUCUCAAGGAUGAAGAAUUGAAAUCGCAUGUGUACAAGAAAGCUCUGCAGGCCUUAAUCUACCCCAUCUCGUGUACCACACCCCACAACUUUGAGGUCUGGUCGGCCACCACUCCUACCUACUGCUAUGAGUGUGAAGGUAUGCUCUGGGGCCUUGCCCGGCAAGGCAUGCGCUGCAGUGAGUGUGGAGUCAAGUGCCAUGAGAAGUGCCAGGAUCUGCUCAAUGCCGAUUGCCUACAACGGGCUGCUGAAAAGAGCUCUAAACAUGGGGCCGAGGACAGGACGCAGAACAUUAUCAUGGCCAUGAAGGACCGGAUGAAGAUCCGAGAACGGAAUAAACCAGAGAUCUUUGAGGUUAUCCGAGAUGUCUUCACAGUGAGCAAAGUUGCCCACGUACAGCAGAUGAAAACAGUAAAGCAGAGCGUCCUGGACGGCACCUCCAAAUGGUCAGCCAAAAUUACCAUCACUGUGGUUUGUGCCCAGGGCCUACAAGCCAAAGAUAAGACAGGAUCCAGUGACCCUUAUGUGACUGUGCAAGUUGGGAAAACCAAGAAGCGCACCAAAACCAUUUUUGGAAAUUUGAAUCCUGUUUGGGAGGAGAAGUUCCAUUUUGAGUGCCACAACUCUUCUGAUCGCAUAAAGGUACGUGUGUGGGAUGAGGAUGACGACAUCAAAUCCAGAGUCAAACAGCGCCUCAAGCGGGAGUCUGACGAUUUCCUUGGCCAAACCAUCAUUGAGGUUCGGACACUGAGUGGAGAGAUGGAUGUCUGGUACAAUCUGGAGAAGAGGACGGACAAGUCAGCUGUCUCAGGGGCUAUCCGCCUACAAAUCAAUGUGGAGAUCAAGGGAGAGGAGAAGGUCGCCCCGUACCAUGUACAAUAUACAUGUCUCCAUGAGAACCUUUUUCAUUACCUCACAGACAUUCAGGGCAGUGGAGGAGUCUGGAUCCCAGAGGCUCGGGGUGAUGAUGCAUGGAAGGUGUACUUUGAUGAGACAGCCCAAGAAAUUGUGGAUGAAUUUGCCAUGCGCUAUGGCAUCGAGUCCAUAUAUCAGGCCAUGACGCAUUUUGCGUGCUUAUCGUCCAAGUACAUGUGUCCAGGAGUCCCAGCAGUGAUGAGCACCUUACUGGCCAACAUCAAUGCCUAUUAUGCUCACACAACUGCCUCUACUAAUGUCUCUGCAUCGGAUCGUUUCUCGGCCUCCAAUUUUGGUAAAGAGAGAUUUGUGAAACUGCUGGAUCAACUACACAACUCCCUGAGGAUAGACCUCUCUACAUACAGGAAUAACUUCCCUGCUGGGAGCCCUGAACGGCUUCAAGAUUUAAAGUCUACAGUGGAUUUGCUGACCAGCAUUACUUUCUUCAGGAUGAAGGUGCAAGAACUGCAGAGCCCCCCAAGAGCCAGCCAGGUGGUAAAGGAUUGUGUGAAAGCCUGCCUGAACUCUACAUAUGAAUAUAUCUUCAACAACUGCCAUGACCUCUACAGUCGCCAGUACCAGCUGCAGGAGCAACCCCUAGAGGAGCCAGGGCCCAGCAUUCGGAACCUGGAUUUCUGGCCCAAACUUAUCACACUCAUUGUGUCAAUCAUAGAAGAGGAUAAGAAUUCCUAUACACCGGUUCUGAACCAGUUUCCUCAGGAGCUGAAUGUAGGAAAAGUCAGUGCAGAAGUGAUGUGGCAUCUGUUUGCACAAGACAUGAAGUAUGCAUUGGAGGAACAUGAGAAGGACCGGCUGUGUAAGAGUGCUGACUACAUGAACCUGCACUUCAAGGUGAAGUGGCUCCACAAUGAAUACGUGCGGGAUCUGCCUGCCCUCCAGGGACAGGUGCCUGAGUACCCAGCGUGGUUUGAGCAGUUUGUGCUUCAGUGGCUAGAUGAGAAUGAAGAUGUGUCCCUGGAGUUCCUGCGUGGGGCCCUGGAGCGAGACAAGAAGGAUGGGUUCCAGCAGACAUCAGAGCACGCACUCUUUUCCUGUUCCGUGGUGGACGUCUUUACGCAACUCAAUCAGAGCUUUGAGAUCAUCCGGAAAUUGGAAUGCCCAGACCCCAGCAUCCUUGCCCACUACAUGAGAAGGUUUGCUAAGACCAUUGGGAAAGUGCUGAUGCAGUAUGCAGACAUCUUAUCGACGAACUUCCCAGCCUACUGCACAAAGGAGAAACUGCCCUGCAUCCUGAUGAACAACAUGCAGCAACUGAGGGUCCAGCUGGAGAAAAUGUUUGAGGCCAUGGGAGGCAAAGAGCUGGACUCGGAAGCUUCAGACAGUCUGAAGGAGCUGCAGGUGAAACUGAAUACAGUUCUGGAUGAGCUCAGCAUGGUGUUUGGAAACAGCUUCCAGGUGCGGAUUGAUGAGUGUGUUCGACAAAUGGCUGACAUCCUGGGCCAAGUUCGGGGCACGGGAAAUGCAUCCCCCAACGCCAGGGCCUCAGUGGCUCAGGAUGCAGAUAGUGUACUGCGACCUCUCAUGGAUUUCCUGGAUGGCAACCUCACGCUCUUUGCCACUGUGUGUGAGAAGACGGUUUUGAAGCGAGUCCUGAAGGAGCUCUGGCGGGUGGUGAUGAACACCAUGGAAAGAGUGAUCGUCCUGCCUCCACUCACUGACCAGACAGGCACCCAGCUGAUUUUAACUGCUGCCAAGGAGCUGAGCCAGCUUUCCAAACUCAAGGACCACAUGGUACGAGAGGAAACACGGAAUCUCACUCCAAAGCAGUGUGCCGUCCUUGACCUGGCUUUGGAUACCAUCAAGCAAUACUUCCAUGCAGGAGGCAAUGGUCUGAAGAAAACAUUCCUGGAGAAGAGCCCAGACCUGCAGUCUCUACGUUAUGCCCUGUCUCUGUACACGCAGACUACAGACACUCUCAUCAAGACAUUUGUGCGCUCACAGACUGCCCAGGGGGCUGGUGUGGAUGAUCCUGUGGGAGAAGUUUCCAUUCAGGUGGACUUAUUUACACACCCUGGCACUGGGGAGCAUAAGGUCACAGUGAAAGUGGUAGCAGCCAAUGACCUCAAGUGGCAGACAGCGGGUAUGUUCCGGCCUUUUGUGGAAGUGACCAUGGUUGGCCCACACCAAAGUGAUAAGAAGAGGAAGUUCACAACCAAAUCUAAAAGCAACAACUGGACUCCCAAGUACAAUGAGACAUUCCACUUCCUCCUGGGAAAUGAAGAGGGUCCAGAGGCCUAUGAGUUACAGAUCUGUGUGAAGGAUUACUGCUUUGCCCGGGAGGAUCGUGUGAUAGGACUGGCAGUGAUGCCCCUGAGGGAUGUGGCAGCCAAGGGCAGCUGUGCCUGCUGGUGCCCAUUGGGCCGGAAGAUCCACAUGGAUGAGACAGGCAUGACCAUCCUCCGGAUUCUGUCUCAGAGGAGCAAUGAUGAGGUCGCUCGAGAGUUCGUCAAGCUCAAAUCAGAGUCUCGUUCCACAGAAGAAGGGAGUUGAACAUCCAGACAACACCCGCUGCACAGAUUAGUCAGGGAGAGUUAGCUGUGUAGCCGGCAUAGAGUCCUUGUAGUCCAAAGGCUGACUCUCCCAGUUAAGGAUGUUCAAGGAGAAUCUUGGGGUAGUAAGACUGUGGCUUUUCAGAGAAAAAGUCAUGAACCCCCAGCCAGUAGGUCUGUGGUGCUAGAAGCUGGGCUGUGGAGCUACUUCCUGGAGAGAUUUUUCCAUAAAUAGAGAGGGACAGACAUUUCUAAGAAUGUCAGCUAUUCUUGGUAGACAACUGUCCAUUUCACCUCCCACUUCUACCCUUCUCUAAACCACACUUUGUCCAGUUAGAUGCUUACAUGCUUAUCAUUAGAAGAUGUUUAGAAGGCCUAGAACUUGUACCUGGCUGACCUGCUGAUAUUCCUGAGCUCCGAGGUCCAUAUCAGAGAUUAGCCAGAGCAGAAGUGCACAGACUGGAAUUCACUGCCACUUGAGCAGCAGAACUGGUUUGUGUGGAUCCAAUGAGAACAAGGCUUGGGAGCUGAACAAGAUACCUUCUGUAAAGGAGUUGGCUAAUUUCCUUAGCUCAGACUAUCUGUUGUGAGUCAAAGAAGGUUCACAUGGUGCUUUGGAGCCCUGAGCAGAAUAGUUCCUUGGAAUCCAGGCACCAGGGGUCUCAGCUGCCUAGAGUACUCCCAGCUCCCUACUCCUGUCAGCAGGGAGUGAUGCCUAGAACACACACACAAUUCUUCUAUCAUAGACUUGAGGGCUAACUAAGGAUCCAAGGAUAUUUUCUUGAGUAGUCCCUGAACAAAGCCAAAAAUCAUGGAAAACUACCUAGAAAGAGCUGUCCUCACCUGUGGCCACAACCUUCUGGCUGUCCUCCUUGAAGAAAACAUCUAGUCCUUGGCCUUCCUCCUUCUCUUUGAGACCAGCUGCUGUUCCCCUUGGAUUGGUCAAGCAUAAAGGAGGAGCUUGGACUCUCAUUCCUCUGUAUGAGCUGGAUGGAGGGUAACCUCAGCACUCGCUGGAAGGUCAGGGACAGACUUUCAGAGGGUCAGAUGAGUUUCCUGGACCUUGCUCAGAGAUGUGACUUGUUCCUUGGAUUUCCUGCUAGUAGCCUCCUGAAAUUGCUGAGGACUCAACAUUGUACAACAGCCAACACAUGAAACAAACCAAGCAUUUUUGCUGUUUUUAACUAUUAUAUGUGCCAUUGUUACAGGAAAUUAUAGGCUAGACUGUAAUAAAUUAUCUUAUAGCA